AUGGCAAAUUUCUUCCUGGGAAAGAAUAUGGAGCGGGCAGGUGUUGGAGUGAAGCGGUCUUUAACAUCUUUGCGAAAUGUUUUGUCUGAAAAGGAUGGAUCUGUUUCAGUAGCAGCGGCCCGUGAGUGUUUUCGUGAUUUCAAAUCGGAGCUUGAACUACUCGACGAUGCAAAGAAAGAUGCCAAUUCAUCAAAAACAUGCAGUUUAGGAUGCAGCUUCUUGAGAAAUGAAUUUUCUUCUGGCUCACUAAGUAAGUGA